CACAGCCGACGAUCUGCCACACACACAACCUACCUAACAAGAACGGUUUACCGUCUCCCCCCCAGCAUCUCUCGAGAAAUCACACAAGAAACCCAUAUUUUCCAAUACGAAUGAAGAACGCCAUAAAAUAGUUUCCAUCUUUUCCCAUACCCACCCAACAACCGUUCCUCUUAUCCACGUUUACGCAAUAUGGCAUCCAUUCGGUUCAUUGAACCCAAUAUCGAACAUGCCGACCCUCGGGCAAGCUACAUUAGCGACGCCUACGAACCGUCAGUCAAUUCCGGAGAAACCCAGCUUGAUAUUUACCCCUCCGAAACGAGCACACCAAAGACAUGGGAGUCAGAUACACCACCUGGGAUCCACCAGAGCAUUCCGGUUCUUUACGCGCCUGGACAGGCGGGAUACGCAGAGUAUCCACCUACAAGCACCGCCAAUCUCUAUCCGCCUGCUGAUGAUGACGAGCUCUCGCCGGUUGGAUACGAUAGUACGUUGAGGAAGAGAAAGACGACGAUAAAUAGACGGAUCAAGACCGUCAAGUUGUCUCAGACUGGGAAUUUUGUGAUUAAGCAGCGGGUUCCGGAUGAGGUGAUCAAGGAGGUGCAGUAUGGGAAGGGGGAAGAGUUUGAGAGUAUGCGGUAUACGGCUUCGACAUGUGAUCCAGACAAUUUUGUCGAGCGAGGAUACAAUCUUCGAUGCGCGAAUUAUCAGCGACGGAUAGAGAUUUUCGUUGUCGUUACCAUGUACAAUGAAGACCAUGAAGGCUUUAACCGCACCAUGUUUGCCCUUGCUCAAAACCUAAAGUAUCUCUGCGAGAAAAACAAGAAUGGAUGGGAUGCAGAUGGAUGGAAGAAAGUGGCUAUUUGCAUAGUGGCGGACGGACGAUCUAAAAUCCAUCCAACUGUUCUCAAAGUCCUUGAAGUCAUGGGCGUGUAUCAAGACGGUGUGGCCCAAUCCGCCGUGAAUGGCGACGAAACCACCGCACACAUUUUCGAAUACACACCCCAAAAAGUCCUUGACACCAAAAUGCAACUAUGGGGCCCAAAAGAAGGAAUUCCACCCAUACAAACAAUAUUCUGUCUUAAAGAAAAGAAUGCGAAAAAGAUCAACUCCCAUCGAUGGUUUUUUAGGGCCUUUUCGGCGUUACUGGAUCCGCGUGUCUGUGUGUUGAUUGACGUUGGGACGAAACCUUCUGCCAAUAGUUUGUAUUCACUGUGGAAGGCUUUUUAUCGGAAUGACCAGAUUGCGGGCGCAUGCGGUGAGAUUCGAGCAGACUUGGGUCAAGGUCUGACGUACUUUAAAAACAUCAUGAACCCACUGGUGGCGAGUCAGAACUUUGAGUACAAGAUUUCAAAUCUGUUAGACAAGUCCCUUGAAAGUGCUUUUGGGUACAUUAGCGUGCUUCCGGGUGCAUUUUCGGCGUAUCGAUGGCAAGCGUUGCAGGAUUUGGGACCCGGGCAAGGACCUCUUUCAAAGUACUUUGAGGGUGAAGCACGUGUCGGCAAACCACAAGACAGUUCCAUUUUUUCUGCCAAUUUGUAUUUAGCCGAGGAUCGAAUCCUUUGUUUUGAGCUCGUUGCUAAACCUAAUGGACGGUGGACGUUGCAUUAUGUGAAUGAUGCUAAAGCGGAUACGGAUGUACCUGAAUCGAUUCCAGAGUUUUUGUCGCAGAGGCGGCGAUGGUUGAAUGGGAGUUUGUUUGCUGGGUUUUAUGCUUUGGCGAAUAUUACGCGAAUGUGGUCGACGCGGCAUAGUUUGUUACGAAAACUAGCGUUCACGGUACAGUAUUUAUAUAAUGUCGUGAACCAAGUUUUCUCGUGGUUUAUCCUAGGUAACUUUGCCAUCACAUUUUUCUUCCUCUUUGGCGAACUGGAACAAAUCCUAUCGGAUCCAACAUCAGCGGGCCAAAGUCCCAACGUCCGAACCAGGAUCAUCCAAAUCCUACUCGGCAUCGCCCGAUUUUCCUACCCAGUGGUUCUAGUCUGUUUAUUCAUCAUAUCAUUCGGGAACCGCCCUCAAGCCUUUCGACGAACGUACAAGGCCGUCAUGUUUGGGUUUGGUGUGAUUGGAGCCGUCAUGAUUGGACUCUUGGUUCGACGGUUAAUUCAAACAACCCAAUUUGUUCGAACGCAAUAUAAUAUGGAUUAUGGGAGUGUGUUGCGGCCGCUCGUGGAACCUGCCGUACAACCCACCAGAGAUGGAGGGCAGUUAUUAAUGAAUACGUUGGUAAACCAAGUGGCAAGAGUGAUGCGGAAAGAAAUGGAUGUGAAAUUGCGGGAUGCUAAACGGGAGAGUUUGGUGUAUGCUGUGACGUUGGCCUCGACGGUGGGUGUGUAUUUUUUGGCGAGUUUUUUGCAGUUGGAUUUUGCGCAUAUGUUUACGUGUUUUGUGCAAUAUCUCUUGUUGCUUCCCUCGUAUAUCAAUGUUCUCACUGUGUAUGCCCUAUCCAACCUCCACGAUGUAUCCUGGGGAACAAAAGGUGAAUCAAAACCAACUACGCUUCCAACCGUCCAAGCCCAAAAACAAAGCGACGGAACCGUGGUAGCAGAUGUUUCAAUCUCGACCGACCAAACAACACUUGCACAACACUAUUCCGAAACCCUCGACGAACUCCGAUCCCUCCCAUCCAACGUAUCCACAUCAACUCAAGACCCCAAAACCCAACAAGAAGACGACUACAAGUCCUUUCGAACCAUCAUGAUGUUGACUUAUUUGUCCUCAAAUGCCGUCUUGUUUGCCGUUGGGACAACGUGGAGUGGAAAUGGGUACCUAAAUGUUUUAUUGAGUGUUACGGCUGGAUUAGCGUUUUUUAAAUUGUUGGGUGUGUUUUGGUUUUUGGGUAUGAAGGGUUUGGUUAAAGCUUUUGGGGGACGGAGUGUCCGCGGGCGGUAUAAAAAGGAGCAAGGGGUCUUGUUGAGUGAAGGAGUGUAAAAAAUUGUUCAACAAAUGGUUUUCUUUUUUUGUUUUUAUAUAAUGUAUUUUUUAC